AACACAACGAGCGACGCGAGCAACUGUCAGAGCGCGAGCCGGAGAGCGUGCGGCUGUCAUGGAGGAGGAGGAGGAGGAGGAGGAGGGCGAGCUCGAGAGGAAAGCUGUGCAAGAACUUCUUACAGAGGCAAAGCGUGGAAAAGCCAGAGCUGAAUCUAUGGGGCCCAUGGGCUGGAUGAAGUGCCCGCUCCCGGGAGCCAACAAGCGGUUUCUUGUUAAUACCAUUAAGAAUACUUUACUCUCUUCAAGGCAAGCUUGUGACACUGAUCAAGGGAAAAAUGCUAAGGAAUCAGAUCAGAACAAAAAGGAAUGGCGAAAAAAGGAAAAAACUCUCAAAAGUGACUACCAUCACCAUAAACACCAUCCCUACAAACAGAGCUCAAAGACUAGGUUAACAACUAACCGUUCCCCAUCUCGAAGAGAAAGAGAAAACAAAAAGAGAAAUAGUACAAAUAAACACUAGAAUCCAAAAUAUAUUUAAAAAUUCUGUGCAAAAGAGCAGCCAUAGUAAUGAAGUGAGAAGUGUAAAUGCAAACUCAGGUCAUAUCAGGAAAAAAAAGGUCACUUCAGAUAUUUCAUGGAGAAAUGCUCUCAGCACACUAACUGAUAUUUAGAUAAUUCUUGCAAACAUAUCUUAUUUGUUCUGUUUAAUUAUGACAGCAGUGCACAGUCUCGUGACGGGUGCUAAAUGAAUGCAAGGUUUGUGAAAUGCAAGAUAGUUGCUCUUAAGUUAUUAAUUCUCAUAAAUAGAAGCAGGGAAUCCAAAAUAAAAUGCAGAUGUUUCUUUAAAAGAAGAUUUAUGAACAUCUGCAGCAGAGUGCAGUAAUUAGUUAGUAACCUACAGAUACUUAUUUUUGUAGACUUACUGUGUUUGUAUCUGUGCUGCAUUGGGAAUUUCUCAGUCAUGAGUAGUAUUAAAUGCAAGAAUCUUUAAAUAAAAAAAUAACGUUUUUCAAUAAUUGGUAGACUUUAUAUCUACUACAAAACUUUGUACAACAUGAUCCUUGCUAGACUGGCAAAGUUCAAUUAAUCUCAACUUGUUUGUUUUCACAUGUUCAGUUCUGUUUUCAGGUGUAACAUUAAUUGUUGUACGGAACAUGAUUAUGCUAAAUAGAAGUAAGCACUUACCAAUAAAUCAACAGUGUCUUUAGUGAAAUAAUCCAUUACUCCUAAGGAUCUGUAGAUGAGGGUGUUGAUUUUUGAUAAUUUCAUUUCACCGUGUUUUUGCUGCUGAAAUUCUGUGAUUAAACCUUUAAAAAUUAUUUUCCUUGGAAUAUUAAAUUAAGUUCAAGUGC